UGCACCCGAAGCGGCACCGAGGCCGUCCGCGGAGCCCCAGGAUUCCUGUGCCACCAAACCUAAUAGGUUUCUGAUCGCAAGCCUGGCUGCGAGAGUUGCAGUGGAGCAAGGAAGAAAGCUGUUAGUUCCAGCUUCUCAUGGCUUCACCAAGAAGGUAGAGUUUGAAAAGCCUAUUUACAGAUGAAACUAAGACUAGUUUAAGAAAUUUUCUACACAAUAAUCCGGAUGCAGAUAAACUUAAUGAGAGUGCUUCAAAUGGUCUAAAAGACAUGGUCCGCAGAAUUCUAAGCAUGAUGAUAAUGAAGAAGUACCACUGAUAAUGUUCCAAGGAAAUCAGAUUUGGUGUCACAAUUCCUAUGAAAAUGAAGGUAAGUUAGAGAUUUUGGGAAAUCCUACAAGGAAAGAGAAUGAUAUACUCCAUCUUCAGGAAUGGGAUUCCGUAGAUCACAGCACAUCUUCUGCUCAGCCAAAUUUACCCUUUGGACACAAGCCCUACAAGUGUUUUGAGUGUUGGAAAAGUUUCAGUAAUAGCUCUCAUUUGCGUACUCACCAGAGGACCCAUUCAGGAGAAAAGCCUUAUAAAUGCUCUGAGUGUGGGAAAUGCUUUUCUAACAGUUCUCACCUAACUCAGCAUCUAAGAUCUCACACAGGAGAGAAGCCCUACCAGUGUGCAGAGUGUGGGAAAAGCUUCAGCAAUACUUCCCACCUCAUUAUCCAUGAGAGAACUCAUACGGGAGAGAAACCCUAUAAAUGUCCUGACUGUGGGAAGAGUUUCAGUAGCAGCUCCCACCUUAUUCAGCAUCACAGAUCACAUACAGGUGAAAAGCCGUAUGAGUGUCCUGUUUGUGGAAAAGGCUUCAGCCACAGCUAUGUCCUCAUAGAACACCAAAGGACUCACACUGGAGAGAAACCCUAUAGAUGCCCAGAUUGUGGAAAGAGUUUUACUCAGAGUUCCAGCCUGAUUCGUCACCAGCGGACACACACAGGUGAGAAGCCCUACAAAUGUCUUGAGUGUGGAAAAAACUUUGGUUGUAAUUCUACUCUAACAAAGCAUCAAAGAAUACAUACAGGAGAAAAACCUUAUCAGUGUCCAGAGUGUGGGAAGGAUUUUAGUCGAAGUUCAAGCCUUCUUUCACACCAGAAAACACACACAGGAGAAAAAUCUGAUGGGAAAUUUGAAUGUGAAGAAAGCGUGCUUCAGAGAUGCAGUGUGAUAGAAAAAUGCAUAGUCCCACCAGAAGAGAAACCAUAUAAAUGUUGUGAAUGUGGAAAGAGUUUUGGCCUUAGCUCCCAUCUCAUUAGACAUCAGAGAACACAUACUGGGGAAAAGCCUUAUCGAUGUUCUGAGUGCUGGAAAACGUUCAGUCAGAGUUCUACUCUAAUGAUUCACCAGAGGACACACACAGGAGAGAAGCCUUAUAAAUGUCCUGAUUGUGGUGAGCACUUCAGUCAGAGCUUUAACCUUAUCAGGCACCGGAGGACCCACAUAGGAGAAAAACCUUACAAAUGUGUCAACUGUGAGAAAUGCUUCAGCAGAAGUGCUUACCUCAGUCAGCAUCAGAAAAGUCACAUCAAAAAGUCUUUUGAAUCUUCAGAAGUGAGAAGUUUUCCCCAUGAGUGGACAUGGAAAAGGUGCUCAGGGGAGAUGGUCCUCAUCCCUUCCUUUUCACUCUCAAAUUCAUCUUCCUGAGUCCCAGAGGCCUGGUGGCUCCCCAACCCCACCCCGCCCCCACCGUCACCCAUGGUGCCCUGAGGUUUCAGUGGGUAUAUUGGUUAAGGAAGAAUCAGAUGUCUAAGGUCUGGGAUCUAUCCAGUAAGAGACACCAUCAAGGAUGAAGAAAAAGAUUGUUGUUGUGAUUGUUUUAAAGCAAGAUAUAAAAGGCUCCAAGUAAAAAUUCAUAUAAUAACCCAAGGGUAAAGAAGUGGGCUCAUGAGAACAUUAUCUAGACCAGAAACCAGAACUGGGGGGGGGGGUGCUAGAAUCUUGAGUUCUGUUCUUAAUUUUUGUGUGUGAUAGUACUGUGAUUUGAAUC